AUGUUGAUCUCGAAUUCUCAGGACACCUUCGCCUACGCCGUCCUACCUCCCAUUCUACCCUUCGUUCUGCCCUCGAGAGCGCAAGUUCCUGCUGAUCAAGUGCAACGAUGGGUCGCGCUCCUACCUACUUUGACUGCGAUUGCAACGAUUGCAGCAAGCCCAUUGGCGGGAUGGCUGGGUGACCGUCUUGACAGAAGAAAACCUCUCUUCAUAGGUGCUAUCAUCGUCCGAUGGGCUGGUAUCAGCUUGAUCAUGAUUGGCACACAUCUCGGUCUCUGGAUCAGCGGGGUCGUCCUCUAUGGAGCUGCGUCGGCAAUCGUAUGGUCUACCAGCCUGGCACUUAUCAUUGAUCGAGCGCCGGUCGAGCAACUCGGCCAGAUGCUCAGCUUUACAGGAUUGAGUCUCUCGAUCGGCGUCCUCCUCGGCCCUGCACUGGGAGGCAUCAUCUACGAGAGAGCAGGCCAUUACGCAGUGUGGUCAACAGUUCUGGGCGUGACGGUGCUCGAUUUCCUGCUGCGAAUAUUCUUGAUCGAAAGUCCUCGCGUCAAGGUCUCGAGUAGAGGAUCGAAUCUCGCAGCGAGCCCGCUUAUCGCCUUGCAACUGCUGCGUUCGCCUCGGAUGCUGGUGGCGCUGUUCGGGGCAUGUAUACAGGCGGCUAUUCUCACCUCCUUUGACUCAUCGCUCACCAUCUACGUGGCCCAGACGUUUCAUUGGGGCUCCCUACAAGCUGGUUUGCUAUGGCUUGCCUUUUGUGUGCCUGCAUUUGCGAGUCCCCUGGUGGGUAUGCUCGGCGACAAAUGCGGCGUGCGACCUGUUAUGGCAGCGGCAUUUCUGGGAGCCGCGCCUGUUCUCGCAGCGAUGCAAUUUGUCGACAGCGAUUCGACGGGCGACAAAGUGCUCCUCUGCUUCUUGCUCGCCUUGCUCGGGUCUCUGCUAGGGACGUCAAUCUCUUUGUUUAGUGCAGAAGUGAGCCACGUCGUUCAUGCAAUGGCUGACCAACGGCCGGGAAUGUGGGGUGAGCAUGGUGUCAUCGCACAGGCUGAAGCGACUUUGUGGGCAUUUUACAUGUUGGGCAUGGCCAUAGGGCCAUUAAUCGGCGGAUUUGUGCAUGGCUGGCCGGCACUGAAUUGGACGCUGGCCGCUCUGAGUAUGGCAGCCUCCGUGCUUGUAAUAAUAUUUCUAAAACCGUGAUGCAAGCGUCGCAUCAUGUAGCAAACUAAGGAAUGACGAUACCACGGAAUUCAUG